AUGAACAUACUGAUCGUUAUUAUUAUUACUCUUGUUCUUAUUAUGGCACCGCCGUUAACCAGUGCCAUGACGCGGAUCGUUAACAUCAACAACAAGGUGAGCAGCAAGAAGACACUGAUCGUCCACUGUGCGUCCGCCGACGACGACCUCGGGGCCCGCGCCAUGAACUACGGCGAGGCCUACAGCUGGCAUUUCGACGACCACCACGUCAUCCUGCAGACGCUGUUCUGGUGCCACCUGGCGUUGGAAGACGGGCGUCUUUCUUUCGAUGCGUACCAUGAAGCGCAACCGCAAGGUGGGUUUCCGGUGAUGGAUUACGAUGUGAAUGAAACUGGGGCCUAUGGCCCUUUCUCAUGGAUUACCCUGUCGUGGAGGAGAAUUCGGCUCCCUUGA